AUGGAAACGGUUGUGACAAUACUCGUUCUUUCAGUCGUUUGGGCCAGCCAGUUUGCAACCGCUUCAUUUCAUUGUGUAGGCGAUAACGGAAAGCCGGUUGAUUGGUUUGCUCUGUAUAAACUGCCGCACAUCAAAGGCCAUUCAAAUUCCCUGAUACGAAACGGAACGGCGUUCCUGUUCCUGAAUCCACAGCUGCCACAAUGGAAUAAUACGAAAAAAAGCUUGUCAUCGAAAGACAACUGUUUAGCAAUGACGUUGGCUCAAUAUUAUUCCAACAGGAAGAACAACAAGAUAUUCUAUUUCCUCUAUAACGAUCAACAGAAGUCAAAUUUGGAAUAUGUUGGGCAUACAAAAGGAGUUGUUAUGUUCGAUGAGGAAGGUGGAUUUUGGCUGAUUCACAGCGUGCCGCAUUUUCCGAAUCCCAGAAAAUACGAAUGGCCUUCAAGCGCCACCAUUUAUGGUCAGAGUGCAUUGUGUAUCACGUUUGGUAUCGACGUCCUUGGGGAUAUAAGCAAGCAACUUUAUUUCAACCAACCGGGUAUUUACGGCUCAAACUUACCGACCUACUUUGCGCAGAAGUUUCCAUUUCUUUCGAUGACCCUUCGUGGAAAAUUUCCCAGGGCAAAACCUUAUUACAGUACUUUAAAGCUGAAAUCUCUGGCAGGUAAAGAGUUCGUCAGCUUUGCGAAAUCCAAGCGAUGGCAGAAAGAACUGUAUGCUGACAAAGUUGCCAAAAUUCUUAAAAAUUGCCUACUGGUAGAAACGUGGCGCAACGGCCCUGGUAACCUGCCUUCUUCCUGUUCAGGGAUGUUCAACGUUUUCAACGUGUUGUCUGUUAAACUGCCACCCAACGUAAGUUUCCCUACGACUCGCGACCAUUCCAAAUGGGUGGUUUCGAUAAAGGGCGAUGGCGGUGGUUGGGUGUGCAUAGGGGACAUCAAUCGACAGCAAGGUCAGCUUACUCGGGCGGGUGGAACAGUUUGUGUGAACGAUGCCACCGUCUGGAAGGUCUACCGCGAUUCUGUUGACGGGGUGGAGAAGUGCAAGAUUAAUAGACGGGGACGAGUGUAA